AUGUUAUUCGAAUCAGAAUACCAUGUCGACAUCCCUGACACAGACCUACUGACGUUUCUCUUCUCCCGGACACCGUUCAAGGACACCGAUCCCAUAUGGAUCAACCCGGCAAAUCCAAGCAACCAUGUUACGCUCGCCAAAGCCCGCGACUUAACACAUCGAAUCGGCCAGGGCUAUCGAGAUCUCGGCAUCGGCGCCACCUGGGGAGCCGGCAAGGACAUUGUGCUCUCGUACAUUGAGAACCAGGUCAUGGUUGCUCCCAACAACCUGGGAGUGAUAUGUGCAGGCGGCAUCCACACGACUUGCUCCGUGACUGCGACGGCGUUUGAGCUGGCGAGGCAGAUCAGGUUGAGUGGCCCCAAGAUCUUGAUUUGUUCGCCGCAGACUAGGAAGGCGGCUGAGGAGGCCAUCGAUCGGUCCGGGGUCGACGGCAUUCAGCUGGUGAUGAUGGUUUCUGAGAAGUUGGACAUUGUGGAUGUGAGUGGCAAGUCGAUUAUCAGUGAUCGGAGACUGGCAUGGCAGAGAGUCACGGACCCGGUUAUUCUUGAAAGGACGCCUGCUUGUCUAGUCUAUUCCAGCGGCACGACCGGCAACCCAAAAGGCGUCGUGAUCACACACUCCAAUAUCGUCGCAAACCUCUGUCAAAUGGCCUUUCACUUCGACCACUGCGCUCGAAAAGCAAUCUCAGACGGCAUCUAUCUGCGCAUGCCGGGCGUCAUGCAAAACGCCGUUGCCGUGGGCAUCUUCGUUCAAAAUAUGAUGUGCCUACAAUGUGGCAUGCAGGUGUACAUGUUCCCCAAGUACGACUUCCCCACUCUGAUGUCGAGCAUCAAAAAGUUUCAGUUAUCCGCUUGCUUCAUUGUCCCCGCAAUUUGGAACCGGGUGGUGCAAGAGUGCACGAGAGAGGAUUUGGCAUCAAUCAGAUUUGCCAUGAGUGGUGCUUCGCCGCUGCCGUUGCCGUUACAGUUGAAGGUCCACGAUAUGUUGCCUGAUGGUGUGGUGUUGCGGGUCAAUUGGGGAAUGACGGAGACGGUCACGGCGGCGUCCCAACCGAACGUCACGGAGGUCGAUAGAGAAGGAAGCUCGGGGAGGCUAUUACCAAAUAUCCAAGCCAUUAUUAUCAGUCCUGAGGGGAAGAAGUUGGGCUAUAAAGAGCCCGGAGAAUUGUGCAUCAAAGGACCAAACAUAAUCAAGGAAUAUUUCAACAAUCCCGAAGCCACGCGCGCUGCAUAUACGAGUGAUGGCUGGUUUCACACAGGGGACAUUGCGUAUUUCAAUGCGGACGGCAAGUUAUUCAUAGUCGGUCGCUCAAAGGAACUGCUCAAGUACAAGUCCUUCCAAGUGAGUCCGACUGAAGUCGAGUCUAUCUUGGGCCAGUUACCCGGGAUUUCAGACAUCGGCGUCAUUGGAGUGCCCGAUGGAGAGGGCAAUGACCUUCCCCGAGCAUACAUCGUCAGGUCUCAGAAAGGAAAGACCGCAGCGCUGUCGGAGAAGGAUGUCCAUGACUUUUUGAACCCGAGGGUGAGUAACUACAAGAGACUGAGAGGAGGAGUACGGUUUGUGGAAGAGAUACCGAGGAACCUGAACCAGAAGAUCAUGAGGAAUGUGCUGAAGGAGUGGGUGGAGAAGGAAGUGGGGGAGCGGUCGAAUUUCCGGGCUCGAUUGUAG